GAGGUUCUUUCUCCCUGAAAUGAGAAAUUUCAGCUUGUCUUGACUGACCUCCAUUUCCUCUGCUCAGUUGCCAGGGACCUGGAUCGCAGACCUGACUGAUCACUGUUCGUUUCAUACUUGGAGGAUUCGAGGCCUAACCAAUGGAAAGGAGCUAGUCAGCUGUGAGAAAAGAAGCAGAACCAAGGAUGGAAAGACCUCUGUUCUCCUUCACUCUCCUCUCUGUCUUACUGCUGUCGUUGAUGAGCCUCAGCUGGAUGAGUUGGGCAUGGACUGCUCCCAACUGCAGCAUAGGAGACAGCUUCCUAUUGCCUAACAUCUCCUACUACAUCCCAUUCUGUCCCUUAGCCCCAGAACUGCACCUUUUUGCAUCAUGCUUCAAUAUUAAAAACCUGGUUCAGACACUAAGAGCAGUGCCCCGGGAUAUAGAGGCACUAUGUCUCCAUGGUACAGUUUCCAUCCUGCCUGCUGAUGCUUUCAGACACUGCCCUACACUGCAGCUUCUGAGGCUGCAGCUGGGCACCAUCAGGGUUACAUCUGGGACAUUUCAAGGAUUGGACCAGCUGCAGCACCUUUCCUUUGAGCAUCACAUUCCCUGUUGCCUCAAUCUGUUUCUCCCUCCAGAUGCACUAGAGCCUCUCACAUCCCUCAACACCCUUUCCUUCCAUGGCUACUGCCUAAAUAAUAGUCAAAAUGUCCAGUUGCCCAUCAGCCUUAGUCAUCUAACCAUGAAGCACAGCUGUCUGACAGAGCGUCAGGAAUUGCAAGGGCUCUUCCCAAACCUUGUCCCUGGCUCCUCUCCUACAGCCAACCCUAGGCCACAGACCCCCUUUCUAGAGGUGCUGGAUCUGUCUGCAAACCUGCAGCUCAGCAGGGUAGGUAGCCAAGCUCUGCAUGGCCUCCAGCUCCACUCCCUGAAAUUAGAUGACACCCCACUAAGUGCAUCAGACCUCCCAGGCUCAGGGCUGCUCCACUUGGACUCCCUCUACCUUGUGGGGACAGGUGUAGAAAAACUGCCUGGGAACGUGACAGGUUACUUUGGGCUUCGUGCACUUGACCUUGGGAGAAACCAAAUCCAGAACCUAGAGGCUGGAGAUCUCCUAAGCUGCCACUCCCUGGAACUCCUCAGCCUUCAUGCCAAUGGCCUUCAGUUAAUUCCAUCCAGUUUCCUGAGUGCCCUGCCCCAGCUUCAGAAGCUCAAUUUAUCAGUGAAUAAGCUAGGUCCAACCUUGGUGCUCCCAGAAGGGCUGGUCAGCUCAAGUCUGAGGGUGCUAGAUCUGUCCCACAAUGAGCUCUGCAUUCUGCCCUGCAAGGCCUUCUCUUCUCUUCCUCAGCUACAGGAGCUCAGGCUGAGUGGUAACAAUAUUUCCAACUUAUCCAGUGAGAGCCUGGAAGGACUGAGGUGGCUUAAGACCCUAGACCUCAGUUGGAACCAAAUUAAGACACUGAAUCCAGGCUGUUUCUCCUCUCUUCCUGCCCUUACUUCGCUGAACCUCCUGGGCACCCAUUUAGAGCAUUUCCCAGGCAGAUAUCUCCAGGGUUCCCAGAAGCUGAGCCACCUACAGCUGGGUUCUUCUGAGAUGCUGGAGAUCUAUCCUCCCUGGCCUUCAGCACUGCUCAGCUUGGAAUUAUGGGCAGCUAGUUCUGUAACACUUAGGGUCCCCCGUGGAGAACCCUUCUUGUUCCUGGAGAACCUUACCAUACAAACUAACUAUGUGUUGCUGAGUCCAUUCAACACCACAGUCCAUUUUCCUUCCCUGCAUCACCUUACCUUGCGAGGCUGCAGCCACGACACUUUCUCUGGCCGUCCACCCCAGGGAAUCUUCUCACAGCUUUCUCUCCUGGAGCACUUGCACUUCUGGUCUGAUCACCAGGGUGCAGAAGGUCUGCAUCUAUGGGGGAUACCCAGGCUGCGAGUGCUGGAGCUGGGGAACUUGGAUUUCCUCUACAACCCAAGAUCAGUGCAGCUGGAGAUGCUACUGAAGGAUCUGCCUCAGUUACAGGUGCUGGCGUUGAGUAACCUAAACCUCAGGAACCUCUCCAUCUCCAGCUUCAGAGGUUUGGACCCCCUUCAGCUGCUGCUACUCAACUCUGAAUGGGCCCUGGGGCUGGACAGCAGCCUCCAGGAACUAAUCCCCCAGAUGCCUCAAUAUGUUUAUUUUUCAGAUAUCACCUUCACCUGCCACUGUGAAAGCUCUUGGGUGGGGCCUUGGGCAACAGGGGCCCCAAACACCUUUGUGUAUGGACUAGAGAAAUCCAUCUGCAAGGCCAACGCCUCUGAUUACUCCCAGACGCCGUUGCUGUCCUUCCUUUCUGGUCACUGCCCACAUGAUCUUGAGUUUCAGAGCUUUCUAACCAGCUUCACUCUUGUGCUCCUGCUCAUGUUCCUGGCACUGCUUGGUUGUCCCAAAUGGCUCUGGCUUCACCACCUCCGGACCCUAUUUCAUGCCUGGUGGUGGAAACUGUGUGGGCAACAUCCCAGAAACCAAUUCCACUAUGAUGUCUUUGUAUCCUAUUGUGAGCAGGACCAAGCCUGGGUGCUGGAAGAGCUGGUUCCUGCCCUUGAAAAGCCUCUUCCAGAGGGCGAGGGUUUGAGGUUAUGCCUGCCUGAGAGGGACUUUGGGGUUGAGCAGGACAGGAUGGAUGUUACCGCUGCCAGCAUGGAGAGCAGCAGAGCCACCCUCUGUGUGCUCAGCUGCCAGGCCCUGGGAAGUUUCUGGUGUAAUCUGGAGCUAAGGCUGGCCACCCACAACUUGGUGGCCAGGCCUGGGACUGCUUGCCUUCUGCUGCUGUUUUUGGAACCCAUUGAUCGGCGGCAGCUGCACAGCUACCACUGCCUUGGCCGGUGGCUGAAGAAAGAGGACUACUUUGAUUUGUCCCAAGGAAGGGUUGACUGGAAUGCCUUCUACAAACAACUCCGGAAAAGGCUAAAGACAGCUGGGAGACAGGGAGAGGACUAG